AGUAGGCGGAGCAGGGCGGUGCGGGGUGGCGUAGAGCUGGAGGGCGAUGGUGGCGGAGCCGCUGGGGGCGGAGGCAACGUAGCCCCCGCGGAAAAGGAGCCCCGCGGCGCCUGAGCCGAGCGGAGGAUGGAGAACCGGCCUGGGUCCUUCCAGUACGUCCCUGUGCAGCUGCAAGGGGGGGCGCCCUGGGGCUUCACCCUUAAAGGGGGUCUGGAACACUGCGAACCGCUCACGGUGUCUAAGAUCGAAGAUGGAGGCAAGGCAGCCUUGUCCCAGAAGAUGAGGACCGGUGAUGAGCUGGUGAAUAUCAAUGGCACUCCAUUGUAUGGCUCUCGCCAAGAGGCCCUCAUCCUCAUCAAAGGCUCCUUCCGGAUCCUCAAGCUGAUUGUCAGGAGGAGAAACGCCCCUGUCAGUAGGCCGCACUCAUGGCAUGUGGCCAAGCUGCUGGAGGGAUGUCCUGAAGCAGCCACCACCAUGCAUUUCCCUUCUGAGGCCUUCAGCUUGUCCUGGCAUUCCGGCUGCAACACGAGUGACGUGUGUGUGCAGUGGUGUCCCCUCUCCCGGCACUGCAGCACCGAGAAAAGCAGCUCCAUUGGCAGCAUGGAGAGCCUGGAGCAACCAGGCCAAGCCACCUAUGAGGGCCACCUCUUGCCCAUUGACCAGAACACGUACCCCAACCAGCGUGAUUCAGCCUAUAGCUCCUUCUCGGCCAGCUCAAAUGCUUCUGACUGUGCCCUUUCCCUCAGGCCAGAGGAGCCAGCCUCUACAGACUGCAUCAUGCAAGGCCCAGGGCCAACCAAGGCAGCCAAUGGCCGGCUUAAUGUGGCUGAGACCUCAGGAGGUGGCCAACGCCCCUGUGGGGGCCAACUGACUCCUGGCUCCCAGAUGUCAUCCCGUCCACAGGAGGUCCACCACUCAGCUCCUGCCAAGGCUGCCAGGGGUCCCCCGCAACCUCCAGUAAGGCGAGACAGUCUUCAGGCCUCCAGAGCCCAACUCCUCAAUGGAGAGCAGCGCAGGGCUCCUGAGCUCGUGGACUCCUUGCCACAAAAGGAGCAACCUAGUUUGGACACUGUGCUCUCCCCAAGGAACCCUAACAGGUUCUGUUCCCUUGGCGGGCCAGACCAAGUGACAAAUGAGAGCCAUCAUAACUGUGAGCUCAGCCAACCUCCUGAAUCCAGCCAGAAGGGCUCUGAGCAUCUACUGAUGGAGGCCUCAGCCAAAGCCAUUGGAUUCCCAAAAGCAUAUGACAAAGCUUCCAGCAUAGAUUCCAGCCCACUCAACAAGGCUUCAGCAGACCUAGCUAAGGCUUCUUUUGGUGGUCCUCCACACCUCACAGGACCCACAGGGCAUCGCCAUAGUGCCCCGGAACAGCUGCUGGCAUGCCACUUGCAGCGUGUGCACUUGGAUACUAGGGACAGCCAGGGGACGGAACUCCCAGCGGGGCAGGAUGGGCAGGAGUGGACUCUCUCCCCUUUGCACAGCAGCCACCCAGACAAGAAAAGCCCAUGUCCCCCUGUAGGAGGAACCCAGGACCAGCCCAGCAAAGAGAGAAAGACCAGGCCAGUGGAUGAGAGACCUCUGGGUGCAGGGUGCCAGAGCCCAAGCCGUUCCCCACAUGGAGAGGCUGAUGGACACCCUCCAGAGAGAGGUUUCCAGGACCCCAACAGAGCAAGCAGAGCAGACAGUGAAUUGGCCAGCCAGCAGCCUUCCACCUCUGGCUCCCUUGCUCAACAAACCAGGGACUGUUCUUCAACCACUAAGGUAGCUGGCAGCACAGAGGCAACUGAGGAAGGGGACAGUGAGCCCAAGGAGUGUGGCCGGGUAGGUGGUAGGCAAAAUGGAGGCACCCGGGGCCGUUCAAUCCAAAACCGGCGGAAAAGCGAGCGUUUUGCUACCAAUCUGCGAAAUGAAAUUCAGAGGAGGAAGGCCCAGCUCCAGAAAAGCAAGAGUCCCCUGUCCCAGCUGUGUGAUGCUAAGGAACCAGUGGAAGAGACCGAGGAACAUCUAGAAAGUCCUCCACUUCCUGCCUCUAACUCAUCCCUUCCAUCUUCAUGUAAAAAACCACCUAGCCCCAGAGACAAGCUCUUCAACAAGAGCAUGAUACUCAGGGCUAGGUCUUCAGAAUGCCUCAGCCAAGCCCCUGAGGGCCCUGAAUCUAGGAUGGGCUUGGAGGGACGCAUGAGCCCUGGCCGGAGGCCAGGCCAGUCCUCUUUGAGCCUGAACACCUGGUGGAAAGCAUCUGACCCAUCCUCCUCAGACUCUGAAAAAACAAAUGUUCACUGUGGAGUCCGUGGAGGUCAUUGGAGAUGGUCUCCAGAGCACAACCUGCAGCCACAAGGGGCACUAGCCAUGGAAGGCCCUUCCAACCCAGGUGACAAGGACUUGAAGGCUUCUACUCCUCAAGCUGGGGAGGAAGCCAUCCUCUUGCCCUUUGCAGACAGAAGAAAGUUCUUUGAAGAGAGCAGCAAAUCCUUAUCUACAUCUCAUUUGCCAGGGUUAACCACUCAUAGCAAGACUUUUACCCAGAGACCAAAACCUAUAGACCAGAACUUCCAGCCAAUGAGCUCCAGCUAUAGGGAAUUGAGGCGCCAUCCCAUGGACCAAUCAUAUCAUUCCACGGACCAAGCAUAUCAUGCCACAGACCAGUCAUAUCAUUCCAUGUCACCCCUUCAGUCAGAAACUCCCACUUACACCGAAUGUUUUGCCAGCAAAGGCCUAGAACCAUCCAUGUGUUGUAAGCCACUACACUGUGGUGAUUUUGAUUGCCACAGGCUGUGCUCUUACUCGUGCAGUGUCCAGGGAGCUGUAGUACAUGACCCUUGCAUUUAUUGUUCUGGGGAAAUCUGCCCUGCUUUGCGAAAAAGAAAUAUGAUGCCAAACUGCUACAACUGCCGGUGCCACCACCACCAGUGCAUCCGGUGUUCAGCUUGCUAUCAUAAUCCCCAGCAUGGUACCCUCGAGGACAGCAACUUGGCACCUGGCAACACUUGGAAAACCAUGAAGCCAACAAUGCAGGAAUUUCCUGGGGACAAAUGGAAACCAAUAACAGGAAACAGGAAGACCAGCCAGUCAGGGAGGGAAAUGGCUCAUUCUAAGGCUAGCUUUUCAUGGGCAACCCCUUUCCAUCCCUGCCUUGAGAACCCAGCACUGGACUUGUCAAGCUACCGAGCAAUCUCUUCUCUUGACCUCCUUGGAGACUUCAAGCACUCCUCAAAAAAAACAGAGGAACCUUCUGGUUAUGAAGAGGAGAGCUCCAUGGCCUCUGCAUCCCGCCCGCUGCGCAGCCGCGCCUUCUCAGAGAGCCACAUCAGCUUGGAGCCCCAGAGCUCCAAGGCCUGGGGGCAGCAUAGGAAGGAGCUCUUUACCAAAGUUGAUGAGACCCAGCCGGAUCCUCUGGGUGCCAGGAAGAAGGCCUUUCCUCCUCCUCGCCCUCCUCCUCCCAACUGGGAGAAGUACAGGCUCUUUCGUGCAGCUCAGCAGCAGCAACAGCAGCAACAGCAGCAACAGCAGCAGCAGCAACAGCAGCAACAGCAGCAGCAGCAGCAGCGAGAGGAGGAGGAUGAGGAGGAGGAAGAAGAGGAGGAGGAAGGAGUAGAGGAAGAGGAGGAAGGAGAGGAAGAGGAGCUGCCACCCCAGUAUUUCAGCUCAGAAACCACUGGUUCUACCACCCUCAAUCCUGAUGAGGUCCUGGAGCAGCCGCAACCGCUGGGCUUUGGCCACCUGGAGGCCUCGAGGCAGGGUUCACAAAGCCUCCCAGCACAGCAAGAGUCCUUUGCUCUCCAUUCCAGCAAUUUCCUGCCUCAGGCAAGGGGCCACUUGGGAGCUCAGGCUGAGAAGUCUCAGCCCCCCUGCUAUUAUGGCAUUGGUGGGCUUUGGAGGACAUCAGAGCAGGAGACUGCCAAUUCCCCCAAACCAGAAGCUUUGAUGGCAGAAGAGUCCAAACCCAAGCCAGGAUGGAGCCAGAAUUACUUCUUUGCUGAGGAGCAGUUCUCUUUAAUGGGCUGGGGCUCUGAGAAGCAGCACCUCAGCCCCACAGGCUUCAGUGAACCCAAGACAACAGGACAAGAGCUGCAGCACUGCUCACCUCCUCAGGGGGCCCCAGGGAUCCCUACCUCUUACUCAGCUUAUUACAAUAUAUCUGUGGGCAAAGCAGAGCUGCUGAACAAGUUGAAAGACCAACCCAAGAUGGCAGAGAUGGGAGAGGAGGAAAUUGACCAUGAACUGGCUCAAAAAAAGAUACAGCUUAUUGAAAGCAUUGGCAGGAAACUUUCUGUGCUGCGGGAGGCCCAGCGAGGAUUGCUAGAGGACAUCAGUGCCAAUUCUGCCCUUGGGGAGGAGGUCGAGGCCAACCUAAAAGCUGUCUGCAAAUCCAAUGAGUUUGAAAAAUACCGUUUGUUUAUCGGGGACCUGGACAAAGUAGUCAACUUGUUGCUGUCGCUCUCUGGACGACUGGCCCGGGUGGAGAAUGCUCUCAACAGUAUCGAUUCAGAGGCCAACCAAGAGAAGCUGGUGCUGAUAGAGAAGAAACAGCAGCUGACAGGGCAGUUGGCAGAUGCCAAGGAGCUGAAGGAGCACGUGGACCGCCGGGAGAAGUUGGUGUUUGGCAUGGUCUCCCGCUACCUGCCUCAGGACCAGCUCCAAGACUACCAGCACUUUGUGAAGAUGAAAUCAGCUCUCAUCAUUGAACAGCGAGAGCUGGAAGAGAAGAUCAAGCUCGGGGAAGAGCAGCUCAAAUGUCUCAGGGAGAGCCUACUCCUGGGGCCCAGUAAUUUCUAAUCCCAUCAGCGGACUGCCUACACCAUCCCUGCCCCAAUGCAACGGGAAGUGCUUUCAAUCUUUGUUAGCAAUUCGUUAGCAAGUAGAUAGCAGUUAGUUAGCAGUUUGUUCCGUAUCCUCUACCCUGGAGUCUCUCACUGCCCCUUAACCUAGCAGUGUUCCCAGCCAGCUAAGAGGACCUGGGGAAGCCCUAAGCUUCUACUCGAGGGAGCAGAAGCAAGAAGUAGAAGCUGCAGCAAAGUGUGACCACACAAACCUACAAACCACACUCUCCUUCCCACAGUUUACACAGCCAAGCGCUCGUCGCACGCAGAACCACCGAAGUGCCUUCAUUCUUCUUUGUAUUAGGACACCAGGAACACCAUGCACUCCCCACCCGCCACCCCCCCCACCCCACCCCACCCCACCCCCACACACACACCAUAGUCUGCCUCUGAAAUCUCAGAGGGAAGUUGCCCAUGCAGCUCCACUCUGCCCUGAGGCUCAUGGCCCAGCCACUUCCCAUGGAGAUCUGGUUGUCUUGAGGGUGCGCACCUACCACCAGCUUCAGGGCCUUGCCUGGGCUUUGCAGCAGGAAGCACAGAAGGAGCAAUGACACUUACCACAAUGUGAACCAAGGUGGGGAAUCACCGCCCGGUGCCCUGCUGAGAGGAGCUAUGCUUAAAGGAAUUGAAUCAGCUCUACCCCGCCUUCCUCAGCAGCUAGUUGAGGGGGAAGAGGCCUAUCUUCAGCCCUGGCUGGUGUGGCCCUCCCCACCCCCCACCCUAAGACUUUGGCCUACGACUUGCUGUUCCAUCUUGCCUUUUCAUUGCUGGGGGUGCCAAGUGCCUACCCCAAGAGCUUCACACUAUGGGGCCAUUCAUAGCUCUACUAAAGCUGACUUCUGGAUACAUGUUUUAUUAUUGGGGGGGGGGUUGUUAUUGUUAUAUUUUAAAUGGCCUUUUGAUUUUAUUUAUUUUUAUGUCUUGAUUGUUUUUGUUUUCUUUUUUAACUAAUAAGGUGAGAAGAGGGGAGUUGGAAAGGGGAAAGUUAGCCCAGAAGGAAAGCAUUUUCUGCAGAUCAGCCUGAAUUCACCAAUGGCUAGGUAAGCGAGUACCAAGGCCUUGAAUUCUACCAACCAUAGCUGACAAGUGUCUAAGAAAGGAGUUCUCACUUGGAACUAAGAGUCUUCCCCACUGUGGCCUGAUCCUACACUUCCCUUGAAGUCUGGAUGACCGUGAGCUUAGAUUUCCCCAACAAGGUUCAAUAUAUAUUUUUUUGUACUUAUUUUUUCCUGAAACCAAAGAAAUCUGAAAGGGAUGAAGGUUCACGCAUUUCUCUACCAUUUCCAAGCUAAGGUAGGGGUGAGCUCAGGAAGAGCUCCUCUAUCUAAUUGUUUUCUUAGCCUGUGGCCUGGCUCAGGGAACUGAAAUCCAUGGUAGCUGGAAGCUCCAGCCAGGGCCAGCCCUGCAAAGCAAGUUAUAACCCAGCCAGGAUCUUAGGCCCACAAACAACAAAUGCUGCUGCUACUGUUGCCAAUGUCCUGACACUGGUAGCCAGUUUCUAUCCUGGAAAAGCCCUUGGGUGGGCUAUGGCAAGAAACUCUGCCCUGUUAUCCAGCUCAAUUCCUGGUUCCUUGCUAACUGGGGCCCAUGCUUGGUAUUGCACAGCCCUGCUCAGCCAGCCUGGGCUUCUAGUCACGGCUGAGUUCCUCGGGGUCCUCAGAGGUUAACUGUAGCAGCAGGGGUGCUUCAUUCAACCAAAGAAUUUGCCAAGGAACUUUGCUGCUGCUACAAAUACCGGUUGCUAGCUUCUGUUUCCUCUUCAUUGUAUUUGGAAACAAUGGAAGAAUCUUGGCCAGCAGGGUGUCCUGUAGGGAGGGGGGCCCUGAGCAUGCUCUUAGUACAGUGCUGCUGUUAGAACCACUGUUAAAAAUGCCAACCUGCCAUUCUCCCAUCAAGUGGAGGAUUUUACUCUAUUCAGGAAAGCUGAUAGCUUAUAAGGGGCUAGGUUUACCUAAGUCAAGGUUGAGGAAGACUGGGGAGUGCUUUGAAUAGAGUCUGUGGUUGCCAUCUUUUUAAAAAAAAACAAACAAACAGGCUCUUAGACAAACAGUGAGCAAGUCUUGUAUUGGAGGUAGGGGUAAGGCCAAUAUAGCCCAUUAUUCUAAGAUUUUUUUUUUUUUUUUGCUAGAACAGCUUUUGGGGACUAUAGCCCAGGGAAAAGAGUGGCCACUUACCUGGACACCAUGACCAUGGUCUGGGCUUUUUAAGUCAGCGUUAGAAUGGUUGUACCUUAAGUUUUAUUACCCUGAAAGUAUACUGAUUCUGUUAUUUGUGUCACCUAUCCCACCUCCAACUUUCAAAAGUUGGAAUCAGAGCACAAGAAUGCUCAUUUUCACACAGAGGGACAAUUUCCAAAGCAUUUAACCCUCAAACUAUAGUGAGCAGCGAAGCUCGGCAGACAGGGACGCCCACACUGCUGAUGGGGCAGUCCUGUCAUGGCUGAUAGCACUGCAAAGCUGCCAGUGUGACUUGAGAUACAGUGUCUUUCUCGCGCAUUCUCAUUUCCUGGGCUCAGCCCUCCACCAAGGCCUACGGGGGGGAACAGUUUAUUUUAUUUUUUUAAUUUUUUAUUCUUUUGUGGCUGCACCUGUGGUAUACAAAAUUCCCAGGU